AUGCUUCUGCCCCUCGAGGUUGUCAGCAUUGGCUACCCUCCACAGGACUUCCGUGUGGUUUUCGACACCGGCUCCGCCCACAUCAUCUUACCGGCCGUGGAGUGUCACACGGAGGCCUGCCUGGCCAACAAUCGGAGGCUCUACAAUCAGGCUGCAUCGACGACGUCCCUGCCAAUCAACGCAGACGGUAGCAUCGUGCACGAAGGGGACGAUGGAGAGCAGGUUACCAUUGGCUUCGGCACUGGUGAGAUCACCGGCGAGUUUGCCAAGGACACAGUUUGUAUGGGCAAAGGCCAAACGGCCGACGAGCGACGCCUUCUCAUGGCGGAGGCCCGAAGGCAGAAGGCUUCCUUCUGGCUGUUAGCCAUGGCAAGAGCGACCUGGCUGAGCACCCUGGGCACCUGGUGCACUGUUACCGCCGGCGUAUGGAUCAUCGCCUGGCUCUGGACGGCACCCAGCGCUUGCAAGUCUGUAGCGCAAUGCGCUCCGCACCUGCAGAGGCACCCGCGCUUCUAUCACAUCGUUUCCACUGCUGUCCUCUUGGCCCUCCUUGGCCACGAGCUCUUGAGCCUCAUAGCGACUUACAUUGGCACACAAAAGGCCAAAGCACUGAUACCCCACCUCCAGAGUAAGAGCUUGCCAACAUUCUUGCUAGCCCUCAUGCUCGGGAAUCUUGCAAUUUCCGAAAGCAUGUUCUCCCAGCGAAGCUGGACCAUUUCGCAUGUGAUGCCUGUCAGCGACGGCCUAACGGCUCCAGGCCGUCCUGUCUACACUCUGCAAUUCCUCGAAUGGACAGCAAAUAUGCCGAUCCUCUUCAUGCUUGCUGGGUACUGCGGCCUUGGCCGUCCCCUCCGUGAGAUUUCACGGCCUCUGCUGCUGACCAACACUUACAUCACUCUGUGCUGGGCAGGUACCUUGACCAGUAGCGCUUCGCUGAAGUGGAUCUUGAUCCUGGCAUCUUUGGCGAUGUAUGCCUUGUCCUCCCGUUUGAUGUUUCAGUGGUGCCUGGACUUCGAGAAAGCGGCCCCGAAGGAUUUGCCCGGCAGAAGCCUACGACCUCUGCUGUCCUGCGGCCUGAUACUCCACUUCUUCUUGUACGGCCUCGUUUACUUGGCUUCGGUAAGCGGCCUCGUUGAUGCGCCACUGGAGCGGAAGACCUUCUUCGCUUUGACGUUUGGUUCGAAGAUCGCCCUCUGCGCGGCCUUCGUGCUCAUUCGAGCGGAUGAGUAUCACCAAACGCUGACGGGCGUGCUUCGCAAGAUCAGCGUCUCCAACGCAGGCAUGAUCUCCAUCCUGCGGAGUAGCUUCGAUGUGCUCCUCCCCUGCAUGCUCGAUUCGCGGGGCGCCUGCCGUUUCCUGCCAGAUUCUCCUGGGGAUAUUGGCAAACUGGAGAAGCUCCUGGAACUCCCUGUGAGCGGCUUGUCUUUGCAGGAUCUCCUGCAGGGCGAACAGCAGCAGGCUGACUUCGCUGCGUACUUGCAGAACGUCGUACGCCAAGCCGAUGCUGCGACGUCCUGCGCGGAAGGUUGGACAGCACCUGCAGCACAGGUGUUGCAUUCCACCUUAUGCCGCGGACAAGGAGUCGUUCAGGCUUCUCUGCACUUGUCAGUGGUCCCCCGCUCGGGCGCUACACUCGGGAGCGAACGGCGCUUGGUUGCGGCCUUGCGGUUCUCUGGUGGCGACGAGGAUCUGGGGGUGGAACACGCGAUUCCAGCUUUCGAGGAUUUCAAGCGAUCGGAGACCGUCCUUUCGGAAGGCUCGACCCAGCCCACGGCAAGCGAUGCAGGAUCGAAGCUGGCGAUCGUCGCAAACCUGGCCGAUCUCUCAAAACUCGGUGCUUCCCAGUUGCUCCAGAGCUCUUCUGCUGCCAGCCAGUCAGCUGCCGAGCCCUUGGAUGAUGCUAGCUCCUACCACUUCGCACCAUCACUUCUGGCUCCUUCGCAGGCGCCUCCAGGCGCUUCCAGAGCCGUGAGGAUUCCAAGCGGGCCAGGAGAAAAUUUUGAUCAACGCUUGGAAGGGAUCUGGGAAGGGACUACCAGCCGGGAGCUCGGCGGGUAUCGGCAGCGAAUUGUUUUCUUGCCGGACGGCAAUGCAGAGGUAACCGUGAUGGGCCAUAUGCUGCCAGCCCGGUGCCAUGUGGACGGCAGCACCUCACCCGCCUCAUUGGACUUGGAAGUCCUGCACAGUGGUGACAACCCAGCUCCACCCAGGAUUCCCUACAUCUUCAAGGUGGAGGCUGAGCAGUUGCACAUCUGCGGCCCGAAAGAUGGCCGCAUGGUGAGACCGACGCAGUUCGCUGGACCUGGCCUCUGCGUCAUGUCUCGGCAGACGUCCCCGCCGUCCUCGCCGGAACCUGAGCCAGAGUUGAGCCGCCAGAGCACGGCCUUCAGCGAGAAGGAGAAGGUCGCAGGAAUGCCGGUGCUUUCGGAUGCGGACCCGCCUUGCUCAGAGGCGGAAAAGUCCGAGGUGCCGAUUGAGCCCAAAGCUGCGGAGUCGGAGUCCAAGGCCUACGAACCCUGCGACCUCGCGCUCCCAGCCAUGGCAAUGCUCGGAGCCGGCGCUGUGCUGUUACUGCGAAGCUUCCGCUGA